AUGGCCUCAAGCCAUAGAAGUUCAGACGAAAAGCUAGGGACGGAGAUGAAGACCGAGGAGAGUGAUAUCCAGACGCAGUUGGCGUUCAUGUAUUACCUGAGCCGCCAGAGAUGUAGACUCCGGUCGUUUGCAGAGAGACACCAGGUAGAGGAGAGACACCAGGUAGAGGAGAGACAGACGGAGGAGAGACAGCAGGCUCCACGUCGACUGCGAACGAAGGUGUCACAGGCGAAUGUGAUGGACUCCCUUGCCAAUACGUGCAUGUCGCAGCCGGGAGAAGCGAUAGCUGCAGCCAUGCGCCCAGGUAACGGCGAGAAUACAGCUGAGAUUAUCAUCGCAACCGACGGCGCUGUCCCCAAGGAAACGGUCAAGCAUGUCCGCGCCGUCUGGGGUAUGCUGCGGGACAUAUCAGUAUACGCACGCUCUAUGUAUCAGAUAAGCAGCAACGACGCCCAGAUCAAAUAUCUCAUCAAGCUGCUCGAGCUGAAAGUUAUCAGGUUCACCUUUCUGGAGAUUCGGCGAAGAGUGAGAAGCCAGCUCGACCGUUUCAAGGCGCACCCCACGGACCAGCUAUACAUAUAUCAUCCUAUGCACAGGGUCAGGGCGUAUGUGGCGUCUCUUGCAGAAUUCAUGCACGACGAGGAUGACUGCGGGAUGCAAGACGCCCCGGCGGACGACGAGAGAUGGGACAAACUACGCAUCGAGCUACGAGGAGCGACCUGUGCGAUUGACAGUUUGUUCGCGUGCAAGUCAGACGGACUGUGGCCCCUGGAGGUCGACCUGGACCCGGGCCUCGAAUCGUAUCUGCUAAAGAUCGCGGCCGUCAUGACGGAUAUUGGGCACCUAACGCAUUUUGCAGUCUUACGCCAGUUCCGGUCCAACUUUGACCAAGCACCGGUCGUCAUCGGGCUGCCGGAUCAGCAACGGGCAAUCGAGAGCUUCCCGCCUUCCAGCGAGGAGUGGCUAGAGAUUCUCCAACGCCACCUGGACCAGGGAAAUCAAAAUCCGGUCAUCGGGCGCAAACUUGUGAUGACGAGGGAUACCGUUGAGGAAGACUGCGCCGCGGUAUCAGAGUUCCCGGCCGUUGAAACGACGCCUGUACACUGCGAAGCAAAGCUGUUGGCGUACUUGUGUGAGCCUAGAUGCACGACGGCUGCAUACUCAUUUCUUGGGGUAUCUCGAAUUCCAUGCAUGGGCUGUUCUCAAUUCCUGGUCGCGGUCAACCAGGUGCUCGGCACACGGUUCGUGAUGAAUAGUCGUACCGACUUCUCCUUCCCAUGGGCGUUCCCUCAGCACUGCCCGCAGCACGACAAGGUGAUGAAGCGUGUCUAUUCCAGGCUCCUCCCCUUCUGGGUGCCUUGGUACAGAGGCUUUGUGGCACCACCCGCUCCUCCCACGAAAACCGGUAGGAUCGUUAAGAGGGGAGUGGCUGCCCAAGCGGAAAGACUGAUCUCAAAGAUAUUCGGACGGAGAGACAGAGACAGGCUGCGAGACACCUCCUCAUCGCCGUAA